AUGAAAGUGUCAACGUUAACUUCAAUCUGCUUGGCUUUGAUGGCUUUUGCCAAUGCGGAAGGAGUACACCAACAAAAGAGAGGCUUUUUUGAUGAUAUAAUAAAUGGAAUUACGGGCAAUACAGCUACAGCUGCAGCCAAUUCACCAGCAGCAGCUGCAUCCCCAACUACAACAGCAACAGCAGCAGCAGGUAGUGCAUCACCUGUUGCUGCCACAGGAGGCUCUUCAUCAGCAGUACCUGAAGAGGACGACGAAGAGGAUUGUGAGGAAGAAGAUGGAUCUACAACACCAUCAUCAACCAGCCCAACUGCAUCUAAUACAGUCAGCAGUAACCCUACUUCAUCCGACCCUACUUCAUCAGACCCAGCUUCAUCCGACCCAGCUUCAUCCGACCCAGCUUCAUCCGACCCAGCUUCAUCAAACACAGCUUCAUCAAACACAGCUGCAACUUCGUCUCAAGGGGGUCUUGAUUCAAUUUUAUCAAACAUCUUUCCAGGCUCGAGCUCAUCGUCAACACCAAGUGACUCACAAACUAUUGCCGGAGAGUCUUCAUCAUUGUCACAAAGCUUGGAUCCCACUGCAUCAACAGUGAGUAGCACACCGGUGUCAUCCAACUCAACUUCAACAACACCCACUGGUGGAAAUAUCCUUUCUGGUAUUGUCAGUGAUUUGCUGCCAUCAGAGAGUGGCUCCCAAAGUUCCUCAAGCUCAGAGCCAGAUGACGACGAUGAAGAGUGUGAAGACGAAUCAUCUAGUCCUGUAGCCUCAAAUACCAACAUCGUCCCCACCACAACUGGAGGUAACACCAAUCCCACUAUUACAAACGGAGGUAGCACCAACCCAACAACCACCACCGGAGGCAACACUGACCCAACUACCAACGCCGGAAGUAAUUCCGAUCCUGAUACCACCACUGAAUCAGGUAAUUGGUUGAGCUCAUUGUUGAACCCAAGCUCUUCCAUCGCAGGUGUUUCAACCACUACAGGAUUUAGCAACUCGCUGAGCUCAUUGUUGGAUUCAAGUUCUUCCCUUGCAGGUGGUGCUACUACAGCAAGCGAAGAAGAUGACGACGAAACUGAUUGUGAAACCGCUACCGAUGAUCCAACUACGAACGGUAACACGUCAGACCCAACUACAACUAAUGGUGGAAACGGUGGCACUAAAGACCCAACUGUGACAUCUGAUCCUACUAAUGGAACUACCACUUCUGGAUCCGGUGGUGAUGAUGAUGACGAUGACGAAACUGAUUGCGAAACCACCACUGAUGAUCCAACUACUACCACUGGUGGAAACGGUGGCACUAAAGACCCAACUGUGACAUCUGAUCCUACUAAUGGAACUACCACUUCUGGAUCCGGUGGUGAUGAUGAUGACGAUGACGAAACUGAUUGCGAAACCACCACUGAUGAGGUACCUACUGGUGGCGUCACUACUACCGAGUCGACCAGUAUCGCUGGUGAGUCUAAGACUACUACUGUUACCACGACCAAUGCUGGAGGUGGAGUCGAAACCAAUACCAUCACCACCCACGAACAACCAACAAAGAAUCCUACUACUACUACUGCUGCCGGUGGUGGUACAGUCACCGAAGCCCACACAGUUACACUCACAUACACUGGAGCUGGACAAACAUUUACAACUCAUGUAACUCAACAACCAGAAGAAUGUGAAGAGACAGUUUACUACACUGUUACCACUGUCGUUCCAUGCACUACUGUUGCUCCGGGUGGAGGUAUCACAACCACAACAGUCACCGUUGUUGUUACUCAGACUGUUUACCCACAAGAUGAAAAUGAUGACGAUUAUGGUUGGGGAUCAGGUGGAUCCAGUGGUUCAAGUGGAUCUAGUGGCUCAGGAUCAGGAGGAUCAGGAGGAUCAAGUGGCUCAUCAGGAAAUGAUGAUGAUGAAUGGGAAUGGCUUGAAGAAGGUGACGAUGAUUGCACUUCAACCACUGUCGCAUCUGUUCCAACAAGUGGAUCCGGCUCUUCUGGCUCUGGAUCAUCCGGUUCUGGAUCAUCUGGUUCCGGUUCAUCUGGAUCAGGCUCGUCUGGAUCUGGUUCGUCUGGAUCCGGUUCCGGCUCCGGCUCUUCAGGUUCAGGUUCCGGCUCCGGCUCCGGCUCUUCAGGUUCAGGUUCGGGUUCAGGUUCAGGUUCAGGUUCAGGUUCAGGCUCGGGCUCUUCAGGAUCAGGAUCAGGAUCAGGAUCAAGUUCUGUCACAACCGACCUUGGUGGUUUGCAUCCAACUGAUAUUGUUUGUCCAGGAGAAGAUGGCUACGACAGUGAUGAUGAUGAUUACAACGAUUCUACUUCAACGUCAACUCCAACUGAAGACUGUGAUGAUGAAGAGGGUGAUGACGACGACGACGACGAAGAAGAUUGCGAAGAAGUAACUUCAUCAACUGGUUACCAAAAUAGCACAGCUCCAGCCACCAGAAACUCAACCGUCCAAUCACCAUCCACGGCUUUGAAUGGUACUUACGGAUUUUUGAAGAAUGCUGAAACUGUUGCUGUUACCACUACUCAAAAUACAGUAGUCACUGCUUCUGAUGCCGCUUCUACUGAAGAAGCCGAGGUAUCACAAGUUGCAAACGCUGCCAACAGAUUGGGUGCUAAGGAAAUGAAUGCUGGCUUAUUCACAUUUAUCGCUGUUGCUGGUUACUUGUUGUUAUGA